AGAAAAAAAAAGAAAAAAAACCCAUCAGAAAACAAACAAUGAUAAAAAGAAAAUUGUGCGAAACAACGCGAUUUCGAUAAAUGGCCAAACAACUCUACGGCUACGGUGCCCCUGCAACAACAUCGGCUUCCCGUUCCCGCACCGACUCCUAUCUCACCGACUCGGUCUUGACCCGAUACUUAGGCACCGGGUCGGACCCUCUGUCUUCGGAUUCUUCGAAGUACUCGGCGAGCUCCUCCAUGUAUCUAACACAGAGCGAUAGCGCACUCAGAUACUCGGUCGAUAGAGGCAUUGCCUCGGCGGCAGCUGCUGCAACUUCUCCGCAUUUGUCGUCUUGGCCACCACCACCUGGUGUUGAUGCUCCUUCUGCUGUUGAUUCGCUUGUUCCUGGCCUUAAACGCACUCCUGAAGUGCUCUAUCAUCCGACUCUUUUGGGUGCCCAUAGCACAAUUGGGCAAAGUGAGGAUUGGUAUUCUACCAACGCUUUAGCCAAGCGUGCUAGAUUCGAGACCACAAGCCAUCUUCCUAUAUAUCCACAGAGGCCAGGGGAGAAGGAUUGUGCCUACUAUAUGCUCACUCGAACCUGUAAAUUUGGAGAUACCUGCAAAUUUGACCAUCCAGUUUGGGUUCCCGAGGGUGGAAUCCCAGAUUGGAAAGAGGUUCCCCCUAUUGCUACAAGUGAAACUUUUCCUGAUAGACCAGGAGUGCCUGAUUGUCCUUACUUUCUAAAAACUCAAAGGUGCAAGUAUGGUUUGAACUGCAAGUUUAAUCAUCCAAAAGAAAAGAUGUCUUUGGGUGUUUCAGAAAACACCAGUAUUUCUGCCUUGCCAGAGAGACCUUCUGAGCCCCCAUGUGCAUUCUAUAUGAAGACUGGGAUUUGCAAAUUUGGUGCAACCUGCAAAUUUCAUCACCCAAAAGAUAUCCAAAUAUCCUUGGCAGGACAAGGGAAUGAUGAUGGUGUGCAAACUAAUUCUGUAGUUGAUAACGGGGGAAUAACUGGAGAUGUCAAUGUGAUUAAGGCCCUUGUGUCAGUUACCCCAGCCCUACUUCAUAACUCCAAAGGACUUCCGAUGAGACCGGGUGAAGUGGAUUGUCCCUUCUAUCUGAAAACUGGCAGUUGUAAGUACGGUGCCACUUGCCGCUAUAAUCAUCCUGAGAGGACAGCAAUCAAUCCACCUGCUGCUGCAAUCGGGCAUCCAAUCAUAGCUCCUUCCAUGGCAAAUCUGAACCUCGGAGUUUUCAGUCCAGCUGCCUCUAUAUAUCAAACUAUUGACCCCAGAUUGUCGACGCUGGGAGUGGGACCGACUGUCUAUCCUCAACGACCUGGACAGGCAGAAUGUGAUUUUUACAUGAAGACUGGUGAGUGUAAGUUUGGGGAAACUUGCAAGUUUCAUCACCCAAUUGAUCGUUCUGCACCUACAGCAAAGCAAACUGAACCACAGACUGUUAAGCUCACUCUUGCAGGGUUGCCAAGGAGAGAGGGUGCGGUUCACUGUCCAUACUAUAUGAAGACUGGCACUUGCAAGUAUGGUGCAACAUGCAAAUUUGACCACCCGCCUCCUGGAGAGGUCAUGGUGUUUCCAAAUCUCAAGGAACUCUUGAUGCAGAAGCAAUAGGAGCUGAGGCGGGAACUGCCCAAGCACAGUAGAAGUGAAGUCCUGGUCAUGGAUGGCAGGGAAGAAGAUCCUUUUGCUGGUUUUUUUGGCCUUUGAUCUACUGAUUUUGUUCUUUGUAUCAAACUAAGCAGAAUACGUUGAGGAAAAUGAAUGUAAUUUAAGUGUUCACUAAUGAAGUAAAGGCAAGCUUUUCUUGUUGUA